UUGGACAUCUGAUGGUUACAUAUCUGCGUGAUUUUCUUUCCAACGUAAACAGUUACUCAACAACUAAAAAAAAGUUUUUCUUUAUCCAAACUUGAUUCAAUAACCCAAAAACCCAUUCGGCUGCAAACACAAAAACCCCAAAAGCCAAAGAACCCUGUUCUUCUACAAUCACACUAUCAUUUCCUUACAUCCGUGUGACCAUAAUGUCGAAGGAAGACUGUAAGGUGGGCUGUAAACACAAGGAAAGAAAGCCGAAAAAGCCGCACUACAUCCCUCGACCGUGGGGCAAACCCUACAACUACAAAUGCUUCCAGUGUCCCUUCACCUGCAUGGAAAAAUCCCACCUGUACAACCACAUGAAAUACAGCCUGUGCAAAAACUCCUUAUCUCUGCUCAUCGAAUCAGACUGGCCCUAUAAAAAAGGCAGCCCGCUUCAACCGGACCAUCUCCGACUCCAGCAGGGAAAUCUACGCUCCCGCAGUCCUACCAAGAGUCAAUCCGAGCAACCCGGGAUGCCCGAAGAACCUCCUCAUUCAGAUCUGGAGGUGGGUGAGAACGCAGAGGGAGAGACUGGAGAGAAAGAUGAUGAGGUGAUGGAGCCAAACAGAUCUGCAGUUCUCAGUCCAGAACCGACUGAGACGUGUCCUAAAGGAGGAACCCAACGUUCCAAGCAGGAAGCGGACCUUGUGAUGGCUGACAUGUUCUCGCUCGAAGAGCAACUCUUGCGAGCGCGCUCGGUUGAAGUGGAAUCCAAACUGAGACACUACAGGUUGUCUAAAACAUGCCUCACUGGACCGGCCGCUUUGCUUUCGGAGCAAUGGCGCAUCCUUAGCAACCAGACGUCUAGUACCAAACCCAAAUCAGACACCAUCCCAUCUUCCUUGUCGUGCUACCCUCCGCCAGCGUCAACAGGACAACUAGAAGGUUCUGACGCUCCGGGUUUCAAUCUGUCUUUGCUUGGCGUCGGAUACCCGCUGGCCCCCGGGCUCCUCUCGUAUCUAAACCCUGCAUUGGGCAUCCCUGCGACGCCGGGCACAGCGAACCCAACAGCACACGCUCAGAUCUCUCCGCUACCCUUCCUGGGAUCAAACGCACAGUUCGGUCAUGCGCAAAGACAAUCAGAUCGACCUCUGAUUCCUCCUCAACUUUAUUACCCUUUCCUUUGUGAGCACAGCUUUGCAGCCACACCUGCCUCAGCUGCUGGUAGCGAGACGAGUAAAAUUAUCAAACCUACCACGGUAGGUCUGACCUCACCUGGGUCGUACUCCUCCAAACUCAACCUGUGGAAGGUUCCGGCUUUGCGGCCGGUGUCCAAUCAAACCUCACCUGCGUCCUGGCUUUCUCCAAAAAGUUCCUCACCUAAACCGAGUCACGGCGUAAAGGAGAGGCUCAGAUCGAGAGAGGAGAAGAGCGGCUGGCACCAGGACGCUUCCUUCACCAGAGAGCAAAGUUUAAAGAGGACGACGACAUCCAUGGACUCUCACGGUGCACCGCUGGAGAAGAAACCAGCUUUUGAGUUUCCAAUCGACAUUAAAAGCUCUCAGAAAUCCAGCAGGACACCUGUACACAGCGCCCGCAGUGAAGCCGCCUCCCCACUCCAUGUGUCUGAACAGCUGGAGGUGAGACAGAGAGAAAUGGAGAGAGAGACGGACCCUGCGGCUGCGCUCCUGCAAGAUUUCUCCACCCUGCUGCGUGAGUACCAGAGCACAGAGCAGAGAGCCGCAUCACUUCCGGAACGGAGCCACCUGUGGGCUCACCUGGGAAAGAUCCGCACAGAGCUGUCGCAUAUUCAACAGGCGCUGGAGCGGACAGCUCGAUUCAACGAAGGUCCCCUCGACUUAUCCGUCAAAAAGCAUCCGACGGGAACGACAAACAUGUCAGGAGCUCAUGUAGAAACUAAAGACACGGCCGAGGAAAACUACUCGGACACAGAAGAGGAUGAAGAUGAGGAUGAUGAGGAUGAUGGACAGACAGUAAGAAACAAACAGAAGUGUUCUUUGGACUCUUUGAUGAAGCUUCAUCAGUCACAGAUGCCUGUGGUGAAGACUGAGGUGAUGUCUGACGUAGGACUCGCGAUUCGUUCUGAUAGCGCCAAUGUUCUGUGGCACAGCAGAACCACGAAGUGUGAAGCCGACUCGAGCGUUCUUCUAUGUUCCAAAACCCCAAACAGACCUCCGUCCAUACAACAUCUAGACACACUGUGUCCGACAAGCCCAUUAACAACCACUGAUACGAUGGUGUAGUUGAUAUAAAUAACCGCACAUGUCAGAAAGAGAUAAACUUUCCUAAUUUGCACAAACACAGGGGUG